AUGGACAUAUUUUUGGACCCAAAUUCAGCACCUGCCCCUAAUGCACGGUGUUCUGCUUUGGAUGCAGCCAAGCAAAAUGACGUUCCAUCAGAUGUUCGAAUGCUCACCAGAGACUUUAUUGACAUGUCACUCUAUCAUCCAGUUUACGGAUACUUUUCAAAGAAAGCGUAUAUUUUUUCACCUCCAGAAACAAUUCAGUUCAAUUCCAUCAAAGACAACUACGAAUUCAUGAACCAUAUGGGAGAUAUGUACAAGGAUGUAGAAGAAGAGUAUAUCCACGAUUCGGAUAUUGCAAGACAGGUCUGGCAUACUCCAGCAGAGCUUUUCAAACCAUACUAUGGUUAUGCGAUAGCAAAACACAUGGUUUCUGAAUACAAACGAGAUCCUCGAGGUGCUGAUCGUAUGAUUAUUUACGAAGUCGGAGCAGGAAAUGGUACACUGAUGGCAAACAUUAUGGACUACAUUUUGAUAAAUGAGCCAGAGAUUUACAAGACAAUCGAGUACAACAUUAUUGAAAUCAGCUCGCAAUUGACAGGAAAACAACACAAAUCAAAACUACUAAAGUCGCAUAAAAAGGGGUCCAUUGGAUCUCAUCGUGGUGUUCAAAUCAUUAACAAGUCUAUACUAGAAUGGGACAAGGUGGUUUCGGGAGCUUGCUUUUUUAUUGCCAUGGAAGUUAUUGACAACUUUUCCCAUGAUCUUGUUCGGUACGAUGCUAAAACCAAAGAGCCUUUGCAGGGAGUUGUUUUAGCAAGUGCCGAUCAUGAUUAUGUUCAAGCAUACGAGUCACUUUCUGAUCCAUUGUUGAAGGACUAUCUAGAUAUUAGAGCACGAGUUGGCUACACAUCGCCUAUAUUUAGCGGCUUAUCUUUGAUUUUAACUCAUGUACAAAACCAACUUCCAUUUGUUUCAAACAUGUCAUCUUCAGAGUUUCUUCCUACAUCUACUUUCAAACUGAUUCGACUCCUUAAGCAAUACUUUCCCAACCACCGUUUAGUGGUGGCUGAUUUUGAUCAACUUCCCGACUCGAUUGCUGGAGUAGAUGCGCCUGUUGUGCAAACACGAUACCAAGGCAGCAUGGUAGCAUGCUCUACCUACCUUGUUCAACCUGGAUGGUUUGAUAUAUUUUUUCCUACAAAUUUUGAGUUGCUAAAAAGAGUGUAUCGAGAGGUGACUGGCCGUGAUGCUCAAGUGAUGACCCAGCGCAAGUUUUUGGAGGAGAAUGCAGAUCUUCAAAAAACACGGACUCGGUCAGGCGAGAAUCCAAUGUUGACAUUCUAUGAAAACUUCAAAUUCAUACUUUCUUGA